AGGGCAGAGCCUCUGAGCUUAAGUUAGUUUUGUUUCCCUGUCCCGGAUACAAGAGUUGGUAAGCUCGCUGCAGUGGGUGGAGAGAGGCCUCUAGACUUCAGUUUCAGUUUCCUGGCUCUGGGCAGCAGCAAGAACUCCUCUGCCUCCCAUCCAACCAUUCACUGUCUUGCCGGCAGCCAGCUGAGAGCAAUGGGAAAUGGGGAGUCCCAGCUGUCCUCGGUGCCUGCUCAGAAGCUGGGUUGGUUUAUCCAGGAAUACCUGAAGCCCUACAAAGAGUGUCAGACACUGAUCGACGAGACGGUGAACACCAUCUGUGACGUUCUGCAGGAACCCGAACAGUUCCCCCUGGUGCAGGGAGUGGCCAUAGGUGGCUCCUAUGGACGGAAAACAGUCUUAAGAGGCAACUCCGAUGGCACCCUCGUCCUCUUCUUCAGUGACUUAAAACAAUUCCAGGAUCAGAAGAGAAGCCAACAUGACAUCCUCGAUAAAACUGGGGAUAAGCUGAAGUUCUAUCUGUUCACGAAGUUGAUGAACAACAAUUUCGAGAUCCAGAAGUCCCAUGAUGGGUUCACUGUCCAGGUGUUCACAAGAAAUCAGAGAAUCUCUUUCAAGGUGCUGGCUGCCUUCAACGCUCUGAGCUUAAAUGAUAAUCCCAGCCCCUGGAUCUAUCGAGAGCUCAAAAGAUCCUUGGAUAAGACAAAUGCCAGUCCUGGUGAGUUUGCAGUCUGCUUCACUGAACUCCAGCAGAAGUUUUUUGACAACCGUCCCAGAAAACUAAAGGAUUUGAUCCUCUUGAUAAAGCACUGGCAUCUACAGUGCCAGAAAAAAAACAAGGAUUUACCCUCGCUGUCUCCGUACGCCCUGGAGCUGCUUACGGUGUAUGCCUGGGAACAGGGGUGCAGAAAAGACAACUUUGACAUUGCUGAAGGCGUCAGAACCGUUCUGGAGCUGAUCAAACGCCAGGAGCAGCUGUGUAUCUAUUGGAUGGUCAACUACAACUUUGAAGAUGAGACCAUCAGGAACAUCCUGCUGCACCAGCUCCAAUCAGCGAGGCCGGUAAUCUUGGAUCCAGCUGACCCAACUAAUAAUGUGAGUGGAGAUAAAAUAUGCUGGCAACGGCUGAAAAAAGAAGCUCAAACUUGGUUGACUUCUCCCAACCUGGAUAAUGAAUUACCUGCACCAUCUUGGAAUGUUCUGCCUGCACCACUCUUCACGACCCCAGGCCACCUUCUGGAUAAGUUCAUCAAGGAGUUUCUCCAGCCCAACAAAUGCUUCCUAGAGCAGAUCGACAGUGCUGUUAACAUCAUCCGUACAUUCCUUAAAGAAAACUGCUUCCGACAAUCAACCACCAAGAUCCAGAUUGUCCGGGGAGGAUCAACUGCCAAAGGCACAGCUCUGAAGACUGGCUCUGAUGCCGACCUCGUCGUGUUCCAUAACUCGCUUAAAAGCUACACCUCCCAAAAAAAUGAGCGGCACAAAAUCGUCAAGGAAAUCCACGAACAGCUGGAAGCCUUUUGGAGGGAGAAUAAGGAGGAGCUUGAAGUCAGCUUUGAGCCUCCCAAGUGGAAGGCUCCCAGGGUGCUGAGCUUCUCUCUGAAAUCCAAAGUCCUCAACGAAAGUGUCAGCUUUGAUGUGCUUCCUGCCUUUAAUGCACUGGGUCAGCGGAGUUCUGGCUCCACACCCAGCCCCGAGGUUUAUGCAGGGCUCAUUGAUCUGUAUAAAUCCUCGGACCUCCCGGGAGGAGAGUUUUCUACCUGUUUCACAGUUCUGCAGCGAAACUUCAUUCGCUCCCGGCCCACCAAACUAAAGGAUUUAAUUCGCCUGGUGAAGCACUGGUACAAAGAGUGUGAAAGGAAACUGAAGCCAAAGGGGUCUUUGCCACCAAAGUAUGCCUUGGAGCUGCUCACCAUCUAUGCCUGGGAGCAGGGGAGUGGAGUGCCGGAUUUUGACACUGCAGAAGGUUUCCGGACAGUCCUGGAGCUGGUCACACAAUAUCAGCAGCUCUGCAUCUUCUGGAAGGUCAAUUACAACUUUGAAGAUGAGACCAUUAGGAAGUUCCUGCUGAGCCAAUUGCAGAAAACCAGGCCUGUGAUCUUGGACCCAGCCGAACCCACAGGUGACUUGGGUGGAGGGGACCGUUGGUGUUGGCAUCUUCUGGCAAAAGAAGCAAAGGAAUGGUUAUCCUCUCUCUGCUUCAAGGAUGGGACUGGAAAUCCAAUACCACCCUGGAAAGUGCCGGCAAUGCAGACACCAGGAAGUUGUGGAGCUAGGAUCCAUCCUAUUGUCAAUGAGAUGUUCUCAUCCAGAAGCCAUAGAAUCCUGAAUAAUAAUUCUAGAAGAAACUUCUAGAGGUCAUCUGGCAAUCGCUUUUAAAGACUCUCCUCACCAUGAGAAAGAGUCACUCACAUCCAUUCUUCCCUUGAUGGUCCCUAUUCCUCCUUCCCUUGCUUCUUGGACUCCUUGAAAUCAAUCAAGACUGCAAACCCUUUCAUAAAGUCUUGCCUUGCUGAACUCCCUCUCUGCAGGCAGCCUGCCUUUAAAAAUAGUUGCUGUCAUCCACUUUAUGUGCAUCAUAUUUCUGUCAACUUGUAUUUUUUUCUUGUAUUUUUCCAAUUAGCUCCUCCUUUUUCCUUCCAGUCUAAAAAAGGAAUCCUCUGUGUCUUCAAAGCGAAACUCUUUACUUGCCCCUUGGUUCUCAUAACUCUGUGAUCUUGCUCUCAGUGCUUCCAACUCAUCCACGUCCUGUCUGUUUCCUCUGUAUACAAAACCCUUCCUGCCCCUGCUGACACAGACGUCUUCUAUGCCAGCAGCCAGCCAACCCUUUCAUUAGAACUUCAAGCUCUCCAAAGGCUCAGAUUAUAACUGUUGCCAUAUUUAUAUGAGGCUGUUGUCUUUUCCUUCUGAGCCUGCCUUUCUCCCCCCACCCAGGAGUAUCAUCUUGCCAAAUCAAAAGAUUUUUUCCUUGGGCUUUAGCCUUAAAGAUACUUGAAGGUCUAGGUGCUUUAACCUCACAUACCCUCACUUAAACUUUUAUCACUGUUGCAUAUACCAGUUGUGAUACAAUAAAGAAUGUAUCUGGCUUCUGUGCCUAGUUCCUAGCACACAGCUUCAAAAAUUCCAGAGUUUCCUGGUAGGAGUGUCUUUUGUAUUCAUAACAAGUCCUUUUCACCCAUCCCUGGGUUUAUGGGAACAAGGUUACCCAUGGUGGGCCCUUAGUUUCAAGGGAGGAGUUGGCCAAGCCAGAAAGACCAAGCAUGUGGUUAAAGCAUUGGAAUUUUCAGCCCCAUCCCACCCCCAAUCUCCAAGGAGGUGAUGGGGCUGGAAAUUGAGUUCAAUUGUAACAUGGCCAGUGAUUUAAGCAAUGAUGCCUAUGUAAAGAAACCGCAAUAAAAACUCUGGACAGUGAGGCUUGGGGAGCUUCCUGGUUGGUGAACAUUCCAAUAUACUAGGAAGGUAGUGCAUCCUGAUUCCACAGGGACAAAGGCUCCUGAGCUCUGGGCCGUUUCAGUGCUUGCCACCCUACAUACUCUUUGUCUGGCUCUUCAUUUGUAUUCUUUAUAAUAAAAUGGUGAUUUUAAGUAGAGCA